AUCCGUUACCUUAUUUUCUCUCUCUCUAAAAUAAGGAGCGCAAGUUCACUUGCAUAACUGAGUCAGUGUGUGUUAAAGCUCUGAAUUUUGAAUGCAGAGGCAAAGGAACACUUCAAGGUCAAAGCUGUUUCUUUUUCUUUUUGGGUUAACAAUGGCGAUUUCCGGUGAUCUUAGAGUUUAUGCUACUGUUCCUCUCUAUCACUCUCGUUCACAACCACUAAUCUCCUCUUUCCCUCCUCCAAAGGUGGAUUUCAGUGGUUACUCAAAUGGAGCGUCUAGCAUCUCUGAAUUCACCCCAAGAUGUCCCAGCCUGACAAUUGUACGUCGCAGCAAUAUGCGUGGCUUCUGCAAGCCAGUUUCUGGAGUCCUUGAAGGUCCCAAGUUUUCAUCAAAAUCUGUUAGUCGUGAAGCUGAGAACUUCUUCCUUGAUGCUGUUAACAUGAGUUUCUUUGAGCGAUUAAAUUUAGCUUGGAAGAUAGUUUUUCCAUCAGCAGUAUCUAGAAAAAGUUCAAAUGCUAGAAUUGCCAAGCAACGCUGUUAACAUGCAUAGUGAACGUUGUAGCCAUCAAAAUUAUAGGUAUGAUAGUAUCAAUGAUCAACUGUCAAGCUCCUUAGAUGGAAGAUGAUUAACAUAGGGAAGCAUAAUGAGUUUUGUAAUAAUAAUUUU